AUGGCCAGUCCGCGGGGAAACACUUCUGGGGGCGAGGCACAGGAGUCAGAUGCAUCUCCAGUGCCCUCGCCAAGGAGCCUGGGCAUAGCGGACGGUGCACCGACCGAACUAUCAUCCACACAGGUUCUGCUGGUGGGCGACGAGGUGAGUGAUGCAUCUUCCGACGAGACAAAAGCCAAGUUUGCAUUCAAUCGCUACGACGAGAAUGAUAUCGGGGCCAGCCCCAACACAGUGCCUCGCAGAUGUACCGAUGUGUUCUGGCUCAUCAUUUACAUUGUCUAUUCUUGCGUGGUGGCGCGAGUGGGCAUGUACGUCUUCCCCCUACGUCGGCCGGCGGCACUCCUCAAGCUUUCAGAUUGGAGGAACGACCACUGCGGACUUGGUGAGUCAAAGGAUAAGCCGCUGCUAUUCUUUUGCCUUCGGGACACCGAUCCAAACCGUGAUCUCCUGAACAUGUACUAUCCGAUCUGCGUCAGUGAAUGCCCAACUCGCGAGUUUCAGGGCCUCUACGAAUGUCCGAGAAAUGUGAAGAAUCGUCCAUUCACAACCAUCACAACCACAAGCACCAUGAUCACUUCCACUGUGCUGACGACCCAAGCGCCCCCAGUAUACGCACCCCCCAAUCCCUACCAACCAUACUGGAAACCGAUUCAGGAUGCUGAAAGAGGAGGGAUAUACAACCGCCCGGGUUGGUAUCCGCCAAGUCCUUACAGCAAUCCAUACAGCAACCCCUAUGAUCCCUACGACAGCUACUGGCCAGACGGCGCGUACCGUCCUGCAUUCCAAGACUAUCCAGCGCCUGUGACCCACUCUGAGGAAGGCGAGGCGCAGCGCGCGAGGACCGCGAGGAGGCUCAUGGAGGCUCCAGACCACAGGUUAGAGCCGCAUAUAGGAACCAACAAUAUCGUGCUCAGCGACUGGCGCGGGAACUUCACGCUGAUCGAGGUCAGCGGCUAUCCAUCCCAUCCUUUUGUGAACAUGGUCUGUUUGCCCUGGGUUGCAAACUUGAAGAUGCAGACUGAGGAGUUUAUCCAGAAGACUCCUUUGGUUCGGUAUUUCGCCACUCUCAUCAACGCGUACCAGCCCCUGAUAGUGGCCGCAAUCACGGGGAUUGUUUUGAGCUACGUGUACAUAACCUUGCUGCGAUUCAGAGCGAGCAUCCUCGUGCGAGGAGGCCUUGCCACACUCAUCCUCGGUCCCUUGAGCUUUGGAGCAUACUUCAUUUGGUGCUGGAGGAAGGAGCACUGCCCGAUGAGCACUGGAGACAAGCUGGGCGAUGGGGCUUCGGGCUUUGGCUUCUUGAUCAUCGGCCUCACCUUCUUAGCUGUGUCUUGUAACCUGGAGCACAACGUGGAGAUGGCCAUCAGCUGUAUCGAGUGGUCCUGUAAGGCGGUCCUGGAGACACCUUCCUUAAAGCUGGAACCGGUGCUGGCCCUUGCAUGCCGCGGUGUGGUGGAUGGGGCUAGCAUCUUGCUUAUUGCUUGGAUUUGGACAUCGGAGCUUGACGACAAGGACACAUUCAAGAUGCAAUACCAGACACUGCUACCACCGCAGAGCGAGCUGCAGCUGGGAAUGUGUGCCAUCGUGGCUUUCUGGUGCUUGUGGACAAACUGGAUCAUUACGGCACUGUCGGACUUCGUCAUCAUGUACACUACCGAACAGUGGUUCUUUAAUGGAGGCAUGGAAGGUACUGGUCAUGCACCCUGCUGCUCCAUCCUGAGGGCAUAUUUCGUCUGCCUCAGAUACCACUUUGGAACCAUGGUCCUGGGCGGCGCUACUGUCGGUUCGAUUCAGCCCUUGCGACUAGCGCUGGGAUUCGUCCAUGCUGCUGUGGAGAUGGAGAGUAACAGCGUAUUGGCGGUGCUCAGCUGCUGCUGCAACUGCGUGUCGGACCUUUACACCCUGUAUCUGGAGCCCUUAAGCCGAAAUGCCUACAUGGACUUGGCACUCAAUGCACGCGACUUCUGGGACUCCGCUGCGCAUGCCCUAGAAGUGAAUUCGUUUCAGGCCGACACGAUUCACAUCCUCAAUGGCGCCACUUGGCUCUUCCAAGUUGCAGGCCUUGGAGCGAUCACCUUCCUCGGCAACCUCCAGACAUGGCUCAUCAUGAG